ACGUCGAAUAAAGUAGAAGCAUACCACGCUUAAAUAAUCKUUCAUACAAAUAAACAAAUCUACAUACCUAAACAAAAUGAACUUCAACAAGAUUUUCGUUCUUCUGGCUGUCUUUAUCGCCGUCUUCACUGCACAAAGUGAAGCAGGAUGGUUGAAAAAGAUUGGCAAGAAAAUUGAGCGCGUUGGUCAACAUACCCGAGAUGCCACCAUCCAGACCAUUGCCGUAGCUCAACAGGCCGCCAAUGUUGCGGCAACAUUGAAGGGUUAACUGAAUCUGUUCGAAGAUUAGAACAACAUAUGUGUACCUAAUUUCUUUUUAUUUAUUAAGAGUAAUAUUUUUUAUUUAUAAAAUUGUAUGACUGAUUUUUGGAG